UGGCCUCGUUUGAGAUACUGCGCAUGCGCGCACCGGAUCAGAAUGUUGAGCAAAACGAAAUAGAGGAGACAGACAGACAGCGACGAAUAUUUAUACCGUGUGCUUCUUUAUCUUAGUUUAGUUUGAACGUGUAUUAAACUUAUAGUACAACAGAUAUAACGAUGACGGAGCCCCAGUCAGCGCUGUUACUCAGGAGGCAGUUGGCAGAAUUGAAUAAAAAUCCAGUGGAAGGCUUCUCUGCAGGACUGAUAGAUGAUAAUGACCUCUACAGAUGGGAAGUGCUAAUAAUUGGUCCUCCUGAUACACUCUAUGAAGGUGGAGUGUUCAAAGCACAUCUCACGUUUCCCAAAGACUAUCCUCUCAGGCCUCCCAAAAUGAAAUUCAUCACAGAAAUAUGGCACCCAAAUGUUGACAAGAACGGCGACGUUUGUAUUUCAAUUUUGCACGAGCCGGGGGAAGACAAGUACGGUUACGAAAAGCCAGAAGAGCGUUGGCUUCCCAUUCACACAGUGGAGACCAUCAUGAUUAGUGUCAUUUCUAUGCUAGCUGAUCCAAACGGAGACUCCCCUGCCAACGUGGAUGCAGCAAAAGAGUGGAGGGAAGACCGACAUGGCGAAUUCAAGAGGAAAGUUGCUCGUUGUGUACGAAAGAGCCAAGAGACGGCCUUUGACUGAUAUUCAUCCAGCAGCUUGUAGCAUCACUAAUUUCAGGGUAUCCAGUCGAGAAACAACAUGGCACUGUUUUCCUGCACUCUACCACCCUAUUGCCGGAUUCUUCUUGAUUGAGCGUUGGCAGAAACAAGCUUGCAUCAAUAGGCUGCAAUAGAACAAUAACGGCUCGUCCAGAUACGGACGGAACGUGCCAAGCAAAUGCCAACAUCCAAAAAAAGAGAGAAAAACCAUAACAUAAGAUGAUUACACAUUUUUACGCAAGUUUAUGAACUGAUACAACAUUCAGGAAAGAAAUUGUAAAGACCUGUAAAUAGCACAGACAUAAAAAAAAAAACCCGGAUAAUAUAUAAGACUCCUUGUAUCCAUCCAGCAAAACACUUAGUACCAAAUAAAUAGCGCUUUCUGUAGGUAGAAUUUUGAGUCCUUUUUAAAAAUAAAAUCUCAAACAACGGUUCAUUUCUCCUUUCCUCUCCCCAGCAGCUUAUCAUGUAGUACUCAUCAAUUCUUUUACAGGUCAAGGAAGAUGUGUAGCAAUUGCAAAAGUCAGUCCCCCACCCCUCUCGUAGAUUAUCAUUGUCUAUGAGCCUCACAUUGACAACCUAGGAAUAAACAAGGUGUGUGUUCAUUAAUGGCAUGUAGUAUUUGAGGGAGGGUUUGAUGGGAUUUGGCGCUAUCGAUGUUCAGCAUGUCAUGUGAUCAGUCGGACAUUCAUUUAGGGACGCUUGAAGUAAAAAUUAAUUAAUGUAAAGUAUGGAAAAGACGAUUGUUUCUGAAAUCAACGAGCAAUUGGGUUGGUUUUAACUUGUGGGGGUGGGAUGGUGAUGGGGUGGGGGUGGGACCAGGGGUGUGUCCCUGCUUUGGCUCUAGAAGUUCCACUAAACGGGCCUGCACCUGUGUUUGGUUCUACGGUGAGAUUUCAGCGGUGGGAAGGCUGACGAGGAAACCCAUCAGAUGUGAUAACCUGCAUGUUUAUGCUCAAAGCUUUUAAUUUGUUCUUUGUCUUCGUUUCAAAAGUGCCUCAGAUUGAAAUUGCUUGGCUUGUUGCACCUCCUGCAUUGGAUCUGGAGCUUAAAACGGGAGAUAUUGAGAAAUCUCCAUGUGCUCCUUCAGGCUCGUAUCGAUGUUUUUUUUUUUUUGUUUGUUUUUUUUUCCUCCUCCUCUUUCCCUUUUCUUUUUAUUGUUUUAAUCCUUUGUACCAGCAGUAAUGGAUUAUUAAAGACAAUUUGGUGUAGCAAUAACGGCCCCUUUGCCCAGCUGUGCGUGUAGUAUGUCCUAUUUCCCCACAAUGUGUGAAGUUUCAAUAUUCAGAUAAAAUUUAGAAACAGGUAAACAUUUAUGCAUAAGUUUUUGCUCAUUAUUUGAGAAUUUUUUGGCAGGUUUUUUUUUUUUCGUGUGUGUGUUGUCUUCAAUAGGAUUCGGUAAGCAUGCUUUAAACUGUAGGAUUCUCACAAGCAGUUUCUUGGAUUUUGUUCAGAAAGGGUGUGUACGUAUAUAUGCGAGCGUGUGUGUGUUCGAAUGUUUAAAUGAGAGUGUUUGUGUUUCACCAUCCUGCUACUCCCUACAAUCCUUUAUUCUCCGUUUAAUUUUAUUCUGGCUCUGACAGACUACUGCAGUUCUCUUGCCUAAUGUACAAAGACAAAAUACUGAUGUAUAUUUUUCAUGUUAUGGAAGUUGUCUCCUCUAGUGAAUUCUUCUAAAAUAUAAUUUUUUUUCCAAUA